CUGGUAUGGCCGUGGAUGCCGAGCGCAGCCCUCAGUGCCGGCUGGCUCCAGGCCCCGCGGGGCGGGCGCUGCCCCGUGUCCCUCAGCCCGCGCAACGGCUCCGKCCCGGCGCGCCGCGGGCAGUCGGGGGCCUCGGGAGGCUCCGUCCCGGCGCGGCGCGGGCAGCCCGGGGACUUURCGGCGGCAAGAUGGCGCCUAAAGGGAAAGGUGGCGGCAAAGCCGGCAAGGGUUCGGCACAUCUUGUGCGAGAAGCACGGCCGAGCCAUGGARGCCAUGGAGAAACUGAAGUCUGGGCAGCGCUUUAGCGAGGUGGCAGCGCAGUACAGCGAGGACAAGGCCAGGCAAGGGGGAGACCUGGGCUGGAUGACCAGAGGCUCCAUGGUGGGACCAUUCCARGAGGCAGCAUUUGCCCUCCCUGUGAGCAGCAUGGACAAGCCCGUGUACACGGACCCUCCCAUCAAGACCAAAUUCGGAUACCACAUUAUCAUGGUGGAAGGCAGAAAAUAAAAUGUGAAUGACCAUGAUGACCUUGUUGACUGCUUAAAUCCUGAGUCCCAGACAGCUUGGCCUUGGAGCAACUCCRGCACAAUCAGCAACAUGCCUGGAGGCAGCUGGCUAUCCCUGCCCCUGUGCUGGCAGAGCAGGGCUCUGCCUGGAGAGAGCCCCCAAAACAACCACAGCUCCAGCAACAGGCACCAGCUUUUUUUACAGGUAAGCAUCUUGCACAGAGCUUGGAGAUGAGGAAACAUCAAAGAACAAAAGGCCCUUACCAAGAUUCCACAGGAGGAAGAGGUGAGGUGAAACUGGGCAGGUCCUCUUCCCCCACUUUUCAGGGUGUUGGUUUUGCUGAGUAUGGACAGCUCAGAGAAGCCAGCGAAUUUGGAGCUUGCUCUGGAGGACAGACAGGCUGCCCAGAACAGACACUGCCCCRUUUAAUGGUGCUGUAUUAAUAAACUACUUGUUUCCAGGCUACCAGAGCUUUGUUCUCUCUGUUGGCAAAAGCACAUUGGCACAACUCCUGCACCAGCAGAAUUAAUUCUCAGUUUGCUGUGGCUCCUGAUACGCAGAGCUCCUCUCCCAAACGGCACAGCUCAGCCAGGUGUGGUGUCCUGUGCUAUGGUGUGGUAUUGCAGAAGGCAGCAUGCCAUGGCACAAGGAACAUGCAAAUGUGCUGCUGUGCUGUCAGCAGGUGAGACUGGCAGGAGCCAGUCCAAGUGACAAGCACACCAGACCAAGGCUGUGUCCAUGAAGGGCAGAGGGACAGGGCAGGGGGACAGAAAGUCACUCAAAGCCAGAACCAGGAACUUUUCAGCUGCUGGUUUGUGGGAUCGAGGCACCCUCAGCCAAUUUGCUGAUAACACUGAGCUGUGUGGUGUGGUAAAAUACGGAG